AUGUGGACUUCCUACCUGCUCAAAAGGCCCAUUCCUCAUUGGAUCCGCAUGAGGACCGACAACACCAUCAGGUACAACGCCAAGCGCAGGCACUGGCGCCGCACCAAGUUAGGAUUUUUAGGCGGAUUAGACGUAAUUCGAGCCUGUUUUUUGUUUUUAUUAUGAAAAAGAUGGAGAUUUUUGCUUCAUUUGUAAGACUGUUGACGAGGGUUUUUGAUUUGGAGUUCAAUGGAUGGAAGUUACGUUUUUGAGCAAGUUGAAAUGUAAUGACAUUUUCUUAUAUUAUUGUCACCUGGGUAUCUCUCUUUCGUUUA